UUGGCCGUGUGGCGCGGCGGGGCAGCCUCCUCCCGGGGCAGGCACACAAACAGCGCGGGCCGCGCGCGGGUGGGGUGUCGGCGCGGGAAGGCGGGCGAGCGGCGGGCGGACAGCGGGGCCGCCCCGCGUCUCUUCGGCGCUCCGGCGACCGGCUCAGGACAAUGGAAGAAGCGACGGCGACGGUGGCUGCGACGGCGGCGGCGGCCGGGGGGGGGCCGUGCCCGGUAGAUCGGACGGGGGCGGCGGCGCUGAGCGGGGAGAACGAGGCCGAGAGCCGCCAGGGCCCGGCGGAGCGAGGCGGGGAGGCGGCCCCGCUCAACCUGUUGGACACUUGCGGCGUGUGCGGGCAGCCCAUCCAGAGCCGGCAGCCCAAGCUGCUGCCCUGCCUCCACUCCGUGUGCCAGCGCUGCCUGCCGCAGCCCGACCGCUACCUCAUGCUGCCCCCCGCCGCCCCGACCAAGGAGCCGCCGCCCCCCCCCGCCUCGCCCGGCCCCUCGCCCCUGCACUGCACGCCAGUUGGUGUCAUCCGCUGUCCAAUUUGUGGUCAGGAAUGCGCAGAGAGACACAUCAUAGAUAACUUUUUUGUGAAGGAUAACACAGAGGUUCCUAGUAGCACAGUAGAAAAAUCAAAUCAGGUCUGCACAAGUUGUGAAGACAAUGCAGAAGCUCACGGGUUUUGUGUAGAAUGUGUAGAAUGGUUGUGCAAGACCUGCAUCAGAGCUCACCAGAGGGUUAAAUUCACAAAAGAUCAUACUGUAAGACAGAAAGAGGAAGUAUCUCCAGAGGCAGUUGGUGUGACCAGUCAGCGACCUGUGUUUUGCCCUUUCCACAAAAAGGAGCAGCUGAAGCUAUACUGUGAAACGUGUGACAAGCUGACCUGCCGAGAUUGUCAGUUACUAGAACACAAAGAGCACAGGUACCAGUUUAUAGAAGAAGCUUUUCAGAACCAGAAAGUGAUCAUUGAGACUCUAAUCACUAAACUGAUGGAGAAGACUAAAUAUAUAAAAUGUACAGGGAAGCAGAUCCAAAACAGAAUUCUUGAGAUGAAUCAGAAUCAAAAGCAGGUGGAACAGGAUAUUAAAGUUGCCAUAUUUACACUGAUGGUGGAAAUAAACAAAAAGGGAAAAGCUCUGCUGCAUCAGUUAGAGACUCUGGCAAAAGAGCAUCGAAUGAAACUUAUGCAACAACAACUGGAAGUGGCAGGUCUCUCUAAACAGCUGGAACAUGCCAUGAAUUUUUCCAAAUGGGCAGUUUCCAGUGGAAGCAGCACAGCUCUACUCUACAGUAAACGCUUGAUCACGUAUCGACUACGCUAUCUUCUUCGAGCGAGGUGUGAUGCUUCACCAGUGACUAACAAUACCAUCCAGUUUCACUGUGAUCCUAGUUUCUGGGCUCAAAAUAUUUUCAAUCUAGGUUCUCUGGUAAUCGAAGAUAAAGAAACCCCACCACACAUGCCCAAGAACCCUGUGACAGAAACAAAUUUGCAGCCACCAGGCAGCUUAUCUUCAAAUCAGCUAUCUAAGUUCCCAAUGCAAAUAAACUUGGCUCAGCUCCGACUCCAGCACAUGCAGCAACAAGUCAUGGCUCAGAGACAGCAAGCUCAGCGCAGAGCAGGUCCAGUAGGUUUACCAAAUCCAAGAAUGCCAGGAAGCGUGCAGCAGCCUCCUGCUUCUCAUCAGGCACCUCCACGUUUGAUUCAUUUUCAGAAUCAUAGCCCCAAGUCCAAUGGCGCAGCUCCUCCUGCGCAACAGAUGAGAUUUCCCCAAAAUCAGAACCUACCAAGGCAAGCAAUAAAGCUCAACCCGUUACAGAUGGCAUUCUUGGCACAGCAAGCUAUAAAACAGUGGCAGGUUGGUAAUGGACAAAGUUCAACUGCCAUUUCAACAGCAAGCAGCAUAAGUUCUACUCCAUCCAGCCCCACAGUUACUAGUGCUGCAGGAUGUGAUGGGAAGACAUACGGUCCUCCUGUGAUAGAUUUGAGUUCUCCAGUGGGUAGUUCCUACAAUCUACCAUCUCUUCCUGAUAUUGAUUGUUCAGGAAACAUCACACUGGAUACUGUUGCGAGGAAGGAUGAUGUCACUGCAGAGCAGAACCACCCCAAACCCCCUUCAAACAGAACUGUGCAGUCACCAAAUUCGUCAGUACCAUCACCAGGCAUUUCAGGAGGUGUCAGUGUAACAAACAUACAUCCUCCAAUACGUUCACCCAGUGCCUCCAGUGUUGGGAGCAGAGAGAGGUAAGGAAGGUGUGGGAGAGAAAGAAUGUAUGACUUCCACAUCCAUAGAACAUGCCUCAGACUCUUCUAUCGUUAGUGCAGAGAGAUGUUAAUGUACUUAAGCUUCUCUCUAAACAGGUAUGGCAGCUAUUAUAGUACUUAGGGCAGUCUGAAAGUAUGAGGGCUGCUCUGAAUGUAAGAUCUGCUGUGUUAUUCUGCUGGCCCAAUAUGUCAGAGGCAUGGUGGUGUGGUACUAGUGGUUAAACCUUCCCACCAAUAUUCCAUUGUGUUUUGUUGCCAUGUGACAGACAGCAGCAGAGGGGCACUCUGACACAAUGGUCUGACAUAGAAGUGCGUAUGAAGUCAAGGUGUGGCACUGAAUUCCUCCGUGUUGAAAAAAUUAGCACCCAAUGACAUUCAUUGAUGAACAUUUACAAAGACCAAACAGUGGAUAUGAGUACAUGUGAGUGAGGCAGUGGGUUGUGUGUUCUAUGGUUUUGUAGCUGAGAAUUUGCUCUAUCAAAGAGUGUUAUUUUGCUCUUUGUAUCUGUUGUAGUUUUCGUGGAAAUAAAUAGGAGGCAUCACAUUCAGAGCAAUCUGCUUAAUUUCAUUUGUAAUGUUUUGAUAGCACAUCUAAUAAUGUAUUAGCCCUGUGAAUGAUAUAUAGAUUGAUAUUACUAAAAGAAUACCAGAUGUAAAUUGUGUUUUAAAUGAAAAAAAUCAGGUAAAGGAUCCAAUUGUGUGCUAGAAGUUCCUUAUAGAACUAUACAUGAGUUCAGAUUUAAGGAACUGAUCUUACAAAGUAAUUAUUAAGAAUUUUC